AUAUGAUCGAACUAAAAAUCAAAAAAGUAGUUUAAGAGAUAGCUUAAGUAAAAAUGAAAAAACAAGCCAAGACAAUAUAAUUAGCCAAGAUACAGUCAGCCAAGAUACAACUGACCAAGAUAUAAUCGACCAAGAUGAAAUUAGCUAUGAUACAAUCGAUCAAGAUACAAUUGGCCAAGAUAUAAGCGAUCAAGUUAUAACUGACCAAGUUAUAACCGACCAAGAUAGUGAAAUAGAAGUAACUCAACCAAAAACAACGGAAGUAAUG